CGGGCGCCUGGCUGACCCGAAGGCGGACGUGCGGGCGAGCGGUGUAGCUCCGGGCCUAGCGUCUAACCGUUCCCCAGGCGGCCGUGUCUGCGGAGGCUCCUUUUCAGCGUGCUCGGGCUUACGGUGGCGUCAGCCCCCGGCCGGGAGCGGCUCGCUGGACCGCAGCUCUUGAGAAACGCGCCGUUUGGCCGCCCAGCCAGCGACGUUCCCCGCGACUUGUUGAGUAAGGCCCCACCAUGUCCGAGCCCCAGAGCCCAGAACCGGCCCUCAUUAUACAGGGAGACUCCCCCACGGGCACGAGGGAUGAGGACGCUGCUGACGGGAUCCAGCACUCACACCGCAUGCUCAGCUUCAGUGAUGCACUCCUGUCCAUCAUUGCCACUGUGAUGAUCCUGCCUGUGACGCACACGGAGAUCUCCCCAGAACAGUUUGACAAAAGUAUACAGAAACUUCUAGCAACCAGGAUUGCUGUUUAUCUGAUGACAUUUCUCAUCGUGACUGUGGCCUGGGCAGCACACACAAGACUGUUCCAGGUUGUUGGGAAAAUAGACGACACGCUUGCCUUGCUCAACCUGGCCUGCAUGAUGACCAUCACCUUCCUACCAUUCACCUUUUCCUUAAUGGUGACCUUCCCCGAGGUGCCUCUGGGCAUCUUCUUGUUCUGUAUGUGCGUGAUCGCCAUUGGGGCUGUGCAGGCGCUGGUUGUCGUGUAUGCCUUCCACUUCCCCCACCUCCUGCACCCCCAGAUAGAGCACUCCGCCCACAGGGGCCUCUACCGGCAGCACAUCCUGGGCAUUGUCCUCAGGGGCCCAGCGCUGUGCUUCGUGGCCGCCGGCUUCUCCCUGUUCUUCUACCCUUUGUCGUACCUGCUGAUGGCGACGGUCAUCUUCCUCCCCUACGUCAGCAAGGCCUCCAGCUGGUGCAAGGGCAGGCUUGUGGGCCCCCAAGAGCCCCCAGCUCACAGCGUGGAAUUCUUCACUUUUGACCUGCAUGAACCUCUCAGCAAGGAGCGGGUGGAGGCCUUCAGCGACGGGGUCUAUGCCAUUGUCGCCACACUCCUCAUUCUGGACAUCUGCGAGGACAAUGUUCCGGACUCCAAGGACGUCAAGGAGAAGUUCCACGGCAGCCUGGUGGCAGCGCUGAGCGAGUACGGGCCGCACUUCCUGGCCUACUUCGGCUCCUUCGCCACCGUGGGCCUGCUUUGGUUUGCCCACCACUCGCUCUUCCUGCACAUCCGCAAGGCCACACAGUCCAUGGGGCUGCUCAACACGCUCUCGCUGGCCUUCGUAGGCGGCCUCCCACUGGCCUACCAGCAGACCUCGGCCUUCGCCCAGCAGCCCCAGCAGGAGCUCGAGAGCGUGCGCGUCAGCUGCGCCAUCAUCUUCUUUGCCAGCAUCUUCCAGUUUGCCAUCUGGACCACAGCCCUGCUGCACGAGGGGGAGACGCUGCAGCCCUCAGCACGCUUCGGGGGCCGUGAGCAUGCAUUCAUGUUUGCCAAGCUCGCGCUGUACCCCUGCGUCAGCCUGCUGGCCUUCGCCUCCACCUGCUUCCUGAGCCGGUUCAGCGCGGCCAUCUUCCACCUCACCCAGAUCGCUGUGCCCUUCGCCUUCCUGCUGCUUCGUCUCCUCGUACGCCUGGCCCUGGCCCCACUGCACGCCCUGCAGGGCCUCAGCCUGCCAGCACACCGGAGCGAGGGGAGCGAGGACGACGCACGGGCCCCGCUCCUGCCUUCUGCCUACUAG